AUGUUAGGAUUGAUAGAGACAAAAAAAGAAGUUGUGACAACCUUUGAUGUAGUGCAACUGUGGGGUGCUGAUGCUGUUAAAUGGGAGUAUAUUGGGUCAGCUGGUGCUUCUGGAGGGCUGUUAUUGAUGUGGGAUGAGACAGUAUUUCAGUUGAAUAAUUGCUAUAAGGGGAGUCGGUGGUUGUGUGUGGAGGGUGUGUUGCUUCGGAAUAAUUUUCCUUGUGCUUUCUGUCUGGUUUAUGGCCCGCAUGAGAGGAGGGCAAAGCUUGCUACAUGGGAAGAAUUGAGUUUCCUGUUUGGAAUGUGUCAGGUUCCGGUUUGCUAUCUGGGGGAUUUCAAUGAGAUAACACAGGUAGAGGAUAGGAAGGGCGCUGAUUCUUUGACGGUGACUGCCGCGGAGUUUAAAUCAUGGAUACAGGAUAUGGAGUUAGUGGACUUGACAAUCAUUGACCGGUUGUUCACUUGGUUCAGAGGGCAGUCCUGCAGUCGUAUUGAUAGGGUUCUGGUGAGUUUGGAGUGGUUAGAUAUGUUUCCGGAAACUAGGCUGCGGGGUGGACCAAGAGGGUUAUCUGACCACUGUCCGUUGAUCUUGAAGGUCUAUCAGUUGAGAGGGGGGCCAAGGCCGUUUCGAAGUUUAGAUUCUUGGUUCACGCAUACUGGAUUUCUAAAGAUGGUAAAAGAAGAGUGGAGAGCUCUAGGCGACAGGCAGUUCAUGGAAAAAUUGAAGGCUUUGACAAGUCCAUUGAGCAGUUGGCAUAAAAAGAACUUUGGGGAUGUGGAUAAAAGGAUUACACAGAUUGAGGAUGAAAUUAAAAAAGUGGAUGAUAUAACAAGCCCUGGAGUGGAUGAUGGGACUGUUGAAGCUAGGAGAAAGGCGCUUGUGAGCUGCUGUAAAAAAUGGUACAUACGUCAGGAAUUACACUGGAAGCAGAUGUCAAGGUCUUGCCAUGCAAAAGAGAUAGAUAAAAACACACGCUACUUCCACACCCUGGCCUCUUCGCGAAGGAGAUCCAAUCGGAUUGAUGCUUUAAUGGUUAAUGGGAGGUUGGUAAGGAAUCAAGCAAGGAUAAAGAUUGCUAUACGGGAUUUCUACAAAGACUUGUACCAUCAGGAGCCGUCGCCGAAUAUUGGGUUUAGGGAUGGGCUAGUAAAGCGGAUUAUUGAGGAAGAUGCAAGGGAGCUAGAACUGAUGCCAACACCUACAGAAAUAAAGGAGGCAGUUUGA